AUGGCAUCUACAUCAUCCGGCUCUACUCCAUCUUCUGCUGCCAGCACCGGGGAUUCUACCAGCUCGAUCUUCGUCAACCCAUAUGCCACCGUCAACGUCAAGACUCACAUACCAAUUACCCUGGAGCUCAAGCACCCUAAUUUCAACAAGUGGAAGACCUUCUUCACUUCUAUGUGUGGCAAGUUUGGGCUCCUUCCUCACAUUGAUGGCAUUGCACCCCCUCGUUCCGACGACUUGACUUGGGCACAAGCCGAUUGUUGUGUUCGGGGCUGGCUGUUCGGCUCCGUUUCCGAUGCUAUCCUCGACGUCGUCAUGGAACCCGACCAGACCGCCCGCAACCUAUGGCUCGCCAUCGACGAUCUCUUUCAAGCAAACAAGGAACCCCGCGCCAUCUAUCUCAGUCACGAGUUCCACUCAAUGACGCAAGGUGACAUGCCCAUUGCCGAUUAUUGUCAGAAGGUGAAGACUGCUGCCGAUGCCCUCCGCGACGUCGGCCACCCCGUAACCGAAUCUCAGCUUUUCCUCAACUUGCUGAGUAGGCUCAACUCUCGUUUUUCGAGCACCGCCGACAACAUCGCCAGCGCCCCCGUUCUGCCCUCCUUCGCCUCGGCGCGCAACACCUUGUUGCUCAAAGAGCUGCGAAUUGCCAAUGCACACAAGGUCCAGGCUGAGACAGCCAUGGUGGUCGCUGCCUCCUCUGCCAAUGCCUGCACUUCCGGCACCUGUGCGUUGUCACGCCCCGAACUAGUCCCGACCGGAACUAGCCCGUGGCGCUUCAAAUUAACUUGUUAA